AUGGCGUCCAAUAACGAUAUUGACCAAUUUGAAUCGGAAAUACUACAGGAUUACCUGAAUUCAAUACAAUCACAACGACAACAACUACGAAGUUCAUACCUAAAUCAACAAAAUUUCAAUAGUGAUAUCGAUAAUCCCCAAGAAUAUGAAAAUUUAUACCCCCAGUUUAAUAUGCAAUCACAGCAGAAUUAUGAUAUUAAUACAAAUAACUAUAAAUCGAAUAACCAACUAUCCAGUUUGGCAUCUCCUUCGAAUAUGGAUCUUGAUUUUGGUUUACAAGGUCAACCCCAACAACAAGUACCCGAACAACAGCAACAACAUCAGCCACCAACACCACAGCAACAACAACAACAACAAUCACAGCAACAGUACUUGGAUGACUUGACUGCUCUACAAUCGACCGAUAUUUCAAAUCUACAACCAUCUAUUAAUAUGCCCGGUGGUUUCCAUCAAGGCUUAGCAGAGGAUCAAAUGGAAAUUGACGAUUCACCUCCAUUCACAAUAGAGCUGGAUUUAUAUUUUGAUAAUCAACAAGUUGACAACAACUCAAUAAUUACAGGUGGCCAAUUACACAACGGGCUCGAUGUUGAUUCAUUAUUCAACAAUCGAUUAUCUAUUCCUAGUCAAUAUCAGCAAUAUCAACAUCAACAACAUCAACAACUACAAUAUCUGAACUUACAACUUCCUCAACUGAAGGAUUUUAAAAAGGCUUCUAAUAUGACACAGGAGUCUAGUUUUAGUCCCCUUGACAAUACAUCACGCGUAUCAUCAUUUGCCAAUGUGAAUAAUGCUAAUAGUAAUAUGUUUGUCAAUGGCAGAGAUUUAUAUUUUGAUGAUGAUAGCCGUCAUAGAGUAGGAAGAUUAAGAAAUGGAUCGAUUGAUAGUUAUUAUGCUGCUAAUGUGAUUAAUCAUCAAUUACAUCUUCUGCAACAAUCACAUUCACAGCAAGCACUGCAGGAUUAUAGCUCUCAAAUGAGUCUACAAAAUAACAAAUCAUCAGCCAUGCAUAAUGAAUUAUCGCCAUUGACUACAACUACUUCACGUGCUUCAUCUAUUCAAUCUGGUCAACCUUCUUUCUUCUCAGCGCAACAAUACUUGUCUCGAAAUUCCAUGGAUCAAGUCCCAUCUUCAUUACAUCGUCCAUCUGUUGAUCUCUAUAAUGGCCACAGACCAUCCAUUGAGAGUCUGAAUUCACAACAACAACAGCAACGUAAUGCUAGAUAUAUCAGUUUUACCAGCUCCAUCAGUAAUAUUUUGCCAUUCAUGGGAGAUAAAAAUAAUACCGCCAACAAUCAAAGAUCGCCACCUUCACCGCCAACAUCUUCUUCAUCCCCACAAAACUUGGUGACAUCCAAUCAAUCUAGACAUUUGAUUAGAAGCAUCUUCAAAUCUAAUCCUCCUGCGACAACUAGCAAUUCUGAUACACCUGUUACUGUAGAUGACGAUGAAACCAAUAGAAAUCAUUCCAAUGUUGCGGAGCAAGCAGAAGUUUCUAUGAAUAAUGAUUUAGGUGAUGAAUCAUUCAUGAAUAGCACCGCCAAUGAUCCAGAUUAUCCAUUGAUGGAAGCCAAUAUUAAGGAAGAAGUUGUUGACGAAGAAAUGGCUCCACCGAAGAAAGUUAAAAAACCAAAGAGGAGUAUUUUCACCAGAUUUAAAACUACUCCAACGAAACCUGAGCUUCAAGAACAGACAUCGGCUGAGAAUAAUAUUGUGGUCAUACCACCCCUGGUUUCUGAGGAACAAAGAUUAGAGGAUGUCAUAACGGAUGUUAGCGGUAAUGUUUCAACGCAUCAUUCAAGUGGAACACCAUCAAUCAUGACCAAUGGUGGGGUUCCUCUCACCUCUGGUGGAGUUGCUUUGGAAAAUUCAAUCUCAGAAUCUUCAGCCCAUCAAGAACCAGAUUAUGCGGCAUUAUUUGAAAAUGUUGGUAAACGCAAGAAUAAGAGCUACAGAAAACCUAAGACUAAAAAUAAAGAUGAAGAAUCUCAGUCAUCCCAACAACAACAACAGCAGCAAGUGGGUGUUGCUUCAAGUAAUAAUUCAUCUAGUACAGUUGAGAAGUCAUCAUUUUUUGGUAAGUCGAGAUUAAAACAAGAACCUGGUAGUGAAAGAUCUUCAUUAUUGGAUAAUGCUAGUAGUACGAAUGUCAGUUUGUCUUCAUCAAAUGCUUCAUCAUCAAUCCAUAACCGUACUAGUCAUGAAUUGGACCAACUGAAUUCAACAGCACCAUCUACACCAGCAACAUCCACAUUGGCCAAUGCUUCCAAACGUAUUCUUGGUUCGAAAUUAAUUCUGAAGAAAAAAUCAAAUGCAAAAUUGAAAGAUUACACUCCUGAGGAGUUAGAAGCAAUGUGUACUGUUGCAUCAUUGGAUAAACCAGUUGCCAGCAUGAUUUCCAACGGUGUUGAAGUUGAAGUUGAUUUAAAAUCAUUAGAUUUACCACCAGAUACCAAAAUAUUCCCAAUAGCUAUUGUGAAUAACAAGAAUAGAACCAGAGGUCGUAAAGAAAAUAGGGAGGCUGAUUUAAGUGAUACCACAAAGAUUUUCUUGUGUAAUUUAUGUCAAAGAAGAUUUAAACGUCAUGAACAUUUGAAAAGACAUUUCAGGUCCUUGCAUACAUUUGAAAAACCAUAUAAUUGUUCAAUUUGUAACAAGAAAUUUAGUCGAUCAGAUAAUUUGAAUCAACAUUUGAAGAUUCAUAAACAAGAACAAGAACAGGCUGAAGCUGAAGCAAAUGCUAUGGAAACACAAUAG